UGGGGACGGGCUCGUUUCCUCUCCCGGUUCUCAAAGAAACGUGCAGAGGAGCGGACGGUGCCGCUGCCGGCGCGGCCGCGGGAGGGUGCUGCGGACCGGGCGCGGCGGCGGCGGCGGUGGCGGUGGCGGCGGCGGCGGCGGCGCUGCGGCAGAAGAUGUCGGCGGGGCGGCAGGGCCGGGCGGCGGCGGCGUGCUGGCUGGCGGCGGUGCUGUGGGGCGGCGCGGGGCUGCCGCCGGCGCGGGGCUACGUGGUGCUCACCUCGGUGUCCUGGCCGCUGCCCGACGGCGACGGGGCGGCGGGGGACGAGCUCCACAGCUCCUCCACCGAGGAGGCGCUGCCCGCGCUGCUGGAGGAGGCGAGCAGCCUCUGGAAGCAGAGCUACCCGGCCUCGGCGUACCAGGAGGACGGGGAGCUGGGCCCGGGGCCGCCGGGGCGGCGGGCGGCGCGGGGCGCCUCCCCCUCGAGGAUGUUCUCCUACCGGCGGGAGAGCGGCCCGGGGCCCGGCCCCGCCGCCCCGCCGCAGCCCGAGCGGGAGCGGGCCGCCGCCACAGCCCGCUUCCUCGCCCACCACAACACCUGGGGCUUCGUGGCUACGCAGGCGGCGCAAGGCAAGAUCCAAGGUAUGCCUUAUGGGAACUGUAUACUUGUCAGCGAUGGUCCCAUCAAUAACAGCACUGGAAUCCCUUUCUUUUAUGUGACGCCAAAAGAUAACACUGUGGCAGAUCUACUGAAGAAUCCUGUAGCUUCUCUGACCCUGCCAGAAGCGGAUGGCAAUUUCUGCAGAAAAAAUGUAAUUGAUCCUGAGGAUCCAAGGUGCACCAGACUGACUCUCACAGGACAGAUGGUCACGGUGCCUCCGGAGGAAAUGGAAUUUGCCAAGCAAGCAAUGUUUUCUAGGCACCCAGUGAUAAGAAAGUGGCCUCGUAACUAUGAGUGGUUCUUCAUGAAAAUGAACAUUGAGCACAUUUGGCUUCAAAGCUGGUAUGGGGAAGUUUCUACCAUUACAGCAGAAGAGUAUUUAAAAGCAAUUCCAAGUAAAGCAUGAUGGAAGGGGCUUUGAAAUACACGUCUUCUGAGUUUCCUUUCCAAACACUUUUAAAAUUUCAUGCUGGAUGUUUUCUUUACAGUGAUUCUUUUUUUCAAGUGUUCAAAAUUGCCCUGUCUUAAAUGGAACAGAGUGAAAAUAAACCAACGCAGACUUUGAAAUUAUAAAGGAGAGGUGAAUAGUAACCCUAACCUGCAAAGUACAAUUAUGUCAUUUCAAACAGGCACUAUAUCAUCUUGAACAUCACUUAAAAACAUUUUGUAUCUGUUUUUUUUUUUACUUUUAUUGCUGCACACCCACAUGGAAAUUAUAGUAUGUGCUAAAUAUAAUGUUCUGAUUUACAGAAAAGCGAAUUGCCUAUUCAAAACACCCUGUGUAUUGUGGAAGUAUUAUUGCUGCUUGGUCUCAUGUUUUGUAGGCAUUCUAAGCUAAAUCUAAUAGCUGCAACUUUAGCUAUCCAAGUUAAAAAUAUUUUAAUAAAGGUGUCCUCAUUUGCUAACUUAGAUUUUCUACACGUAUUUUUCCCCAAUUAUCUAAUUGGAUAUUUAGUUUGAAAAUUGAGUAGAGAGGCUGGUGGUAGAACACAGCCUCCCAUCAUGCACUUAGUAGAAAAAAUGCAAGCAGCUUAAACAACACAGCUUCAGUACAGCCUGUCUCCUACUGACGCAGAGCUGGUUAAACAUGUUAAGGGCCAAACAACAAAUCAGCCCCACAAGGAUUAUCCCAGUACAGGUAUAAACAUUCUUGUAAAAAAAUUAAGUAAAUGUUCUCAGCUAGCCUGUUGUAGAUUAUGAGACAGGAAAAGUAUUUUUAAUAGCCUAUAGUCCCAAAUUUUUUACAUCCCACCUCCAGCUACUGUAUUAUUUUUAACUCGUUUGUGCAACUGACUUUUGUAAAGCAUCACUAACUCAUUUAAGGGUGGAGCCAGUCUCUUAACUGUUUUCUCACCAAGUUUAAAAGGGUUCCUUCCUGAAUUUAUUUUUUAAAGAAGCCUAAUGAUAGUUAGAUAUUUCAGUCUGUGAAAAACUCCCUUUUUUAGUGCAGACAGUGCAAACUUCAUUGCAAACAUGUUAUGUGUUGGCAUUUUUCACUGUAAUAUUAAAAUAGUUCAAAGGUCUUCAGCCCUUUCUCUAGAUGGUAAACUUAUUCUGUAGCUUGUAAGGGUAUCACAGUUAAAAAAGGUCCCAUGACUUAACUGGCUAAUUCAUUAUACGGUCUGUAAACUAUACAGUUGUUCUCCCUGUAACACUAAAAACAAGACAAAUUUAGAUGGGUUUUGUGUGCCUGCGAGGGAAUGCGCAAGUCUUUCAGCAUCGCUGGGAAGGAACCAGAGCUCUUAAUAGUAACCCAUGCCAAGGUAGGCCUGAGGAAGAGCACGGGUCUCUCUGUUAACAACCUGAGCUUUUACAAGUUACGCUUUGGACAAGUUAAGCUCGGGGCACUGUGACCAGCUGGAAGCCAAUUAAGCAUAGCUGAGCUUAUUUUGGUUCAUGCAUUAAGAGAGGGCAUCAUUCUCUGAGCCAAGUUAGACAACAUGCUGUUUUAACUACUAGGGGUCACUUAGACCUUGGGUGAUUUCAAGGCUGCAGGCAUUGCUACCAUUACUGAUAUUCUAUAAGAACUGCAGAAAAAUUGGGGGGUGGGGGAUCUUUGUUUGGACACUUGCUAAGCAUAUUUUUUUCUUGUUUCACUUCCAGUGAGCCUGUUAACAGUGCUGAUCUUUUGUAGAGGUAAUUAUGCAAAAAGAGGAAGUGUCCUGCCUGAAUAUGUUUCCUUUUUUUCUUGUCAGAUCAGCAGCAUCUUCCCAUACAAGUCUGCCCCCAAAUCUUGUGGUACUGAAGCAAAACAGCUGAUCCUAUAUAGCUUUAUAGAAUACCAUUAAGUGAAAUCCUCCUGCAUUCGUAUUAUUUUACCAUGGAGAACUUUGUCCACUGUGGAUUUGAUUCUAUCCCCAUUAAGAUUAAUGGGACUUUUUAAAGAAAGUUCAAUAGGUAGAGUACUAGACCCAAUAAGACAGUCUCCACAGGUCUGAAGUACAAAUUUAUGUGCAACUUUAAUUACAUGUUAUCCUAGUUCUCUAUUAUUCCCAGAGAAAUAUGAAAUGCUCAUAUUCCCCUUCUCACACACACACAAACACACUUAAUGUUUAAACAAGCUGAGGAAGAAAAUAAAAAUUUUAGAAAUGUUCUUAUUACUAUACUCUCAUUUUCACUUAGAUACUUGGAUAGCCUAGUAACAGUGAUAGGGCCCUACCACGUAGUAUCUGUUACUUAUUAAUACUCUUGUCUUAAAGUAGUAAGGGAUAGUAUCAACAAUAUUUAGUAGAGCUUUAACUAUUUAAGAAGUCAAUGUGCACCAAGAAAAGUCUUGAAUUUACAAUACACUUUUUGCUAUCUGCUCUCUGCCUGCGUGGUUAGAUUAAUUGGAGUAGUUACUAAAUUACAGUGACACAUCAAUAGGCAAGCUCUGCUAUAUGGACAAGCCUUGAGACUUGACAGAACCUCAAAACACGAAACAGCAGGCACAUGUAAAGUGACAGAGAGGGCUUUGUAAAGAAAUGUCAUGUUAAAUCACCUGUUCUCAUUUCAUGCUUCUUUCUCCCAAAGAAUAGUUUUCAUGAAAGCCCUUGAAAGUCUGUAAAAAUUCAUCAAAAAUAUGCCCUGCAGGGUUUGAAUGGAAUUUUCUGCAGCAAAAAAGGAGAGGAAAUAGUCACUAGUUUGUUUUAUUGGACUUUACAUUGUUAAUUAUAUAUUACUUACAAUUUUUCUUUAAGCUGACAAAUGUCUCAAGUGAUACUGGUCAUCACAUGGUAAGUGAUGUUUGUUAAAGCUUUUAAUCCAAAGGUUAUUAUUAAGAUCCAUAAUAAGAUCAUAUUUUCUUGAGACCAUAAUGGGUCUGAUCUUGCUUUAGUUCAAGUUAAUAGCAAAAAUCCUAUUUAUUUGUUGUGCUUUAAUUGCUAGAUCAAAUAGACAUUUUAUGAAAGGCUUUGUAAGCCUUUAUGAAUUUAUAAAGCAUUGCAACUAGCUGAUUUUUAUUUUCAUGUAUUCUGUAUUUUAGCUAUUUAUUUCUGUAGCUUCCCCCAAAAACCUUGUUGUGCAACAUAUAAUAGUUAAAACUUGAACUGUAGUUUUGCAAUACUUAAGAGAUGCAUUUAGUCAUGUCUGUGUAUUUGCUGAAAAAAGGAAGACAAAGUUCCUAUACUUGAGUUCUAACUUUUAGCUACUUUGUGCAAAUGUAAUGCAUGCACAGUAUUUAAGUACAGCUAGUUUUAACUGCUGUUCUUAUUUUACCAAAGAAUGCUCCAUUUCUAAUGAAAUUUUCAUCACUUAAGUGGAUGAAAUUCACUAUGUUUUAUUUCUGGAUGUGUACUGCAAUUUGCAAUGUAUUUUGACUUCUAAAGAUAUUGAAUGUUGUUAACAAAAUGUCUGUCAAGCACAAAAUGCAAAUAAAAUAAACUUCAGAGGUAAAACUGCA